UGUCAGGCGACACAAUCCGGCGAACGCGAUUGGUCGAUCCGAGCGGCCCUGAACCCGCCUACUUCAGUCACUUCCGUCUCGGUGUCAGCUGCGUUCUGCGUCCCAGCAGUCCGAGUGAACCAGGCGCUGGAUUACAUUCUAUUCAAAUCAGCGCAGGCGGAUUCGGCGUGAGGGCCGUGCAGUCGAGAACAUCAGUUUCAGGAACGUCAGGCAAGACUUCGUGAGGGACCAUGUUCUAGUGGAUCGUUCGGCUGUCCGACUAUACAAUGAACAAUGAAGACGAGUUCUAUGAUGCCGUCACAGGCUUGGAUUCGGACGAGUCAUGUGAGGGCACUUCAGAAGCCAGUUUUAAAGAUGCAGUAGUGGAUGCUGGCGCUGAGAAGAACAAUGGCACAGUACAAGCGAAUGGAAUCAAGAAACGCAGGUCAAACCUUCCUGCCCCCAUGUUCUCCAGGAAUAACUUCAGUAUAUGGAACAUCCUGAAGAAAUGUAUAGGACUGGAACUGUCUAAGAUCACCAUGCCCAUUGCGUUCAAUGAGCCGCUUAGCUUUCUGCAGAGAAUCAGCGAGUAUAUGGAGCACACGUACCUCAUCUACAAAGCCUGUGCCGAGUCCGACUCCAUCGAGAGAAUGCAGGCUGUAGCUGCCUUUGCUGUGUCCGCUGUGGCCUCUCAGUGGGACCGUACUGGAAAACCAUUUAACCCUCUCUUAGGAGAAACCUAUGAACUCGCACGAGAGGAUCAGGGCUUCAGGUUGAUCUCAGAACAGGUGAGCCAUCACCCACCAAUCAGUGCAUUCCAUGCCGAGGGUCUAGCAGGGGACUUCCUGUUCCAUGGCUCUAUAUAUCCAAAGCUCAAGUUUUGGGGCAAGAGUGUGGAAGCGGAACCAAAAGGAACCAUCACGUUAGAGCUCCCCAAGCACAAUGAGGCAUACACAUGGUCAAACCCUUUCUGCUGUGUACACAAUGUCAUUGUGGGCAAACUGUGGAUUGAGCAAUAUGGCACUGUAGAAAUACUGAAUCACAGUACUGGAGAGAAGUGUGUGCUGAACUUCAAGCCCUGUGGGAUGUUUGGCAAAGAGCUACACAGAGUGGAGGGAUACAUCCAGGAUAAAAGUAAGAAGAAGAGAUGCGUGAUCUAUGGAAAGUGGACCGAGUGCAUAUGGAGCGUAGAUCCGCAGGUGUACGAAUCUCAUCGCAGGAACGAUAAAAAAGCAGAAGCCAAGAAACAGAAACCGGAAGAGGCAGAUGAUGCAGAAAAUGAUGAUGCAGAUGACAUGCCGGAGGUACAGGAGACUGUAGCUGUGAUCCCUGGUAGCACACUACUCUGGAGAGUGUGUCCUAGACCAUCUCACUCAGCAGAGAUGUAUAACUUUACUAACUUUGCCAUCACAUUGAAUGAAUUGGAGCCUGGCAUGGAGGGUAUUUUACCCCAGACAGACUGUCGCCUACGACCUGAUAUAAGAGCCAUGGAGAUUGGAGACAUGGAUGAAGCCAGCAGGGAGAAGGAAAGGCUAGAGGAGAAGCAGAGAGCAGCUCGGAAAGACAGAGCAAAGGAAAAUGAGGAAUGGUCUACUCGGUGGUUCGAACUAGGAACAAACCCGUACACAGGAUCACAGGACUGGCUCUACACUGGAGGCUACUUUGAUAGGAAAUUCACAGACUGUCCUGAUAUCUACUAAUGAGGGACCAGCAUUCACUUCCUUUCUUUUUUCACCCUCACAGCAUCCAGCAUCACGUCAUAUCUAUCUAUAUAUAUAAAAAGAAAGAGAGCGUACAUUUGGAACUGAUGCAUCAGCAUUAACUGGUUUUUCCAUCUCUCAUCCAAGUAUUUCCAGUACAUCACACACUGCUUAUCAGUAACGUCAGUAAUUCGGUGUGUAUUGAAAUCAGGGAUUGUAGGGCUCGUUCGAGUAUUUCCGAUGGGUGACAGAAAGGCGAAGACGUGGUCACAGCACUCUGACUUUCUUUAGUGGUUUUUUUUUUCCCUCUCCGUUUAGUUUUUCCCCUCUUCAGUUCGGUGGGUUUUUGAUCUGAGAACACUGAUUUUUUUUAUAAUGUUUUCCAUAUAUAACAUAAAGAAACAAAGACGUGGGACUGAGCUCUGCCUUACACCUCUUAACACUCCCAUUACAUCACUGUGAGCUGAUUCAGUUCACUUUAUUACUCCAUGACCAAACCAGCAGCUCAGUCUGUUAUCACAUUCCGUCUCACGGCUCCCAUUUCCUGAGUACACGCUCAAAUGCGAAAUGAGAAUCGAUACAAACGACAAACAUUUGUGACAUUUGAGAGCACUGAUGUUCUCCAUCCAGCACUUACCUGACCAACGGGCCACUGUUAAAGUAGUCAAACGUGAAUCAAAUUGUGAUGAUGAAAAUAGUAAUAGUAGUAGUAAUAAUAAUAAUAAUAAUAAUGAACUGCUCUGUGUGUGUGUGUGUGUGUGUGUGUGUGUGUGUGUGUGUGUGUGUGUGUGUGUGUGUGUGUGUGUGUGUGUGUGUGUAUACUGCAUUUGGUUUUGUAAACAUUCUUCACUUGGAGUUAUAAGCUAAUGCUUGUAGUUCUAAUGGGUUUGGCAAAAAAAAAAAACUAAAUCUAAAACUAAAGCAGUUUAUCACGGAACCCCCUCCCCAUCCCUCUUCGAGGCUCAUGCGAUGUGUGACCAUUUGUGUUGUGAUGCUCUGACAAGAUAAAAAAAAAAAAAAAAAGAUAUGCAUUCGGUGUCAUGCCUUCAUAGCAUUGAUGUUGCGUUUUGUUAGCUGUCGCACUUCCUUCUGGUUUGGCUUGACUUUUAUUACUAUACUAUAACAUUUCCUGCAGUCGCUUUCAUUCAGUUUGUCCUGUUACAUCCAUGUCAGUAUAUUCACCUUCAUGUUGUGUGCAUGAUCAAUAUUCCUUUGCACAAGUCUUGUGAGAGCAGUCACAAUCUAUGCAACAUCACAUGUAUAAAAUCACUGUAUAUUAGCUGUAUCUGGUCUAAAGCUUGAGCAAUAGCGUGUUGUUUAGUCCUACUGGAGAAAAAAACCAAAUGUCUAGACAGUUUUUUGGGAGUGUAAAGUUGCAGCAGAGAAUGUGGUUGGCUAAUAUUUCUUCUCUCAGCGCCCACAGUUGUUCCUAAAAAUCUUCCUUUCUCUUCCCUGAAACUCUAGUUAUGAUUUGUGCAGGAGAUGAUCAUCGCGUUGACGUUUCCGAGUCACAGUGAUGCUAGACUUUCAUGUGUUUUAUUGUAAGCACACUUUUUUUUUUCAUUCAGUGCCUGAGUUUGAAUAACUGAUAACUUUUUUGUUUUUGUUUCUCAAUCAUUGUCAUGGGUGUUUUAAGAUUUCUUUAAAAGUAUGCCUGUUUUUUUUUUUCCCCUGUACUUUUGUGCGUGUACGUAACCAAAUCCCCCCCCACCCCCAAACACACACACUUUCUCUGUUAAAUAAUUUGAAGUAUUUAGUGAAAAUGUUUUUCACACCCUGUAUGAGUACAUAUGUACAGUGCAUUACACUACUUAAUUGCCUCCAUUAAACCGAGUCACUCCUCUGUUUAACUGUACAUUUCGAUUAUAUAUGAAAACUAGCAAUAUAAAACUAAUACAGAUUUUA